AUGGCAGCCAAGAUAAUUGUGUUGUUUGCUUUCCUUGCUCUUUCGAUAAGUGUCACUUCCGCUGUUAAAUUUCCGCGAUACUUCCCAUCGGUGAGUGUUUUGGGAGCGACACACCCAUCCGUGCAAUACAACAUACUACAGAAUGAGCUCGCUGUAGGCAUCUCUCCCUCAUCAGCUGUGAUCAUCCAAGAACAACUGGACUUCCUACGUCAGCAAAGUUUGGCGCAUCUCACAACACAGGACAUUGCAGCGCAGCAGCAGCUCUUCAACCCACAGGCCCCAGUGAAGCCUGCGGCCAACUGGCAGCGGCAACAGCUCUACAACCUGCUGGCCAUGGCAAGCACCACCACCUACUUGCAGCAGCAACAGCAGCAGGAGAUCUUCAACCAAGUUGCUGUGAUGAGCCCCAUAGCCAACUUGCAGCAACAGCAGCAGCAGCAAAUCCUUAGCCAACUUGCAUUGGUGAGCCCAAUCGCCUACUGGCAGCAACAACAGAAGCAGCAGCAGCAGCAACAACAACUCUUUAACCAACUAGCCACGGCGAGCCUCGUCGCCUACAGCCAGCAGCAGCAGCAACAACAACUCUUUAACCCACUGGCCCUAGUGAGCCCCAUUGCUUACUGGCAACAAGAGCAGCAACUCUUCAACCCACAAGCCUUGGUGACCCCCGCUGCCUAA